AUGGAAAAAAGAAAUCUAACAGUCAUCAGGGAAUUUGUCCUUCUGGGACUCCCUAGCUCAGCAGAGCAGCAGCACCUCCUGUCUGUGCUCUUUCUCUCUAUGUAUUUAGCCACCACCUUGGGGAACAUGCUCAUCAUUGCGACCGUUGGCUUUGACUCUCGCCUCCAUUCCCCUAUGUAUUUCUUCCUUAGUAAUUUGGCCUUUGUUGACAUUUGUUUUACGUCGACUACUGUCCCCCGAAUGGUGGUGAAUAUCUUGACUGGCACCAAAACUAUCUUUGCAGGCUGCCUCACUCAGCUCUUCUUCUUCAUUUCUUUUGUGAAUAUGGACAGCCUCCUUCUGUGUGUGAUGGCGUAUGAUAGAUAUGUGGCAAUUUGCCACCCCUUACAUUACACUGCCACAAUGAACCUGUGCCUUUGUGUCCAGCUAGUGGCUGGACUGUGGCUUGUUACUUACCUCCACAGCCUCCUGCAUACUGUCCUAAUAGCACAGCUGUCCUUCUCUGCCUCCAAUAUCAUCCAUCAUUUCUUCUGUGAUCUCAACCCUCUCCUGCAGCUCUCUUGCUCUGAUGUCUCCUUCAACGUAAUGAUCAUUUUUGUAGUAGCAGGUCUAUUGGCUAUCACACCCCUUGUUUGUAUCCUCAUAUCUUAUGGACUUAUCUUCUCCACUGUUCUGAAGAUCACCUCUAUUCAGGGGAAGCAGAGAGCUGUUUCCACCUGCAGCUGCCACCUAUCAGUAGUGGUGUUGUUUUAUGGCACAGCCAUCGCCGUCUACUUCAGCCCUUCAUCCACCCAUACGCCUGAGAGUGACACUCUGUCAACCGUCAUGUAUUCAGUGGUAGCCCCGAUGCUGAAUCCUUUCAUCUACACCCUAAGGAACAGGGAAAUGAAGAGAGGACUUCAGAAAAUGCUUUUCAAGUGCACAGUCUUUCAGCAGCAAUAA